GCUUAGCACCUCGCCAUUGCUGAGRCUGGCUUUGAACCCGUGAUCCUACCGUCUCAGCUUCCCGAGCCGCUGUGAUUACAACUUGCGCCACCACGACUGGCCCUUUUUUUUUCCCCCCUUGGUUCAUCCGGAAAAGCGAAAGGUGCAGAAGCAAAGCGACGGAUACAUGCAUCUACUGUGUCCCUACACAUCCUUGACUCAGUGAGACAGUCUUUAAGGUUUAGCUGAAUGCCACAGCCCGGCCUCUUGAUGCAGUCUGAAUCCAGCAGAUGUGAAGAGGAGACCCCAUCCCUCUUGUGGGGUUUGGAUCCUGUAUUUCUAGCCUUUGCAAAACUCUACAUCAGGGAUAUCCUGGGCAUGAAGGAAUCCCGCCAAGUGCCAGGUAUAUUUUUGUACAAUGGUCAUCCAAUAAAACAGGUAGAUAUUCUGGGGACCGUCGUUGGAAUGAGAGAAAAAGAUGCUUUCUACAGUUAUGCAGUGGACGACAGCACUGGAGUAAUAAACUGUAUCUGCUGGAAGAAGUCGAGCCAUCCUGAGUCUUCGUCAGCUGGUCCAAGUGCAGCAAGUGAGCUGAGUCUGACCUCACGGCUUAAGAAGCUUCAAGAGACCAUUGAGCAGAGAACCAAGGUAGAACUUGGGGACAUUAUCCGAAUCAGAGGCUACAUCCGCACAUACAGAGARGAGCGAGAAAUUCGUGCCACUGCUUAUUACAAAGUGGAUGAUCCAGUGUGGAAAAUUCAAAUUGCAAGAAUGCUUGAGCUGCCCACUCUCUACAGGAGAGUUUAUGACCAGCCCUUCCACAGUCCAGCUCUAGAGGAAGAAGCAGCAGGAGGCAAUCCAGAAGCCCAAGACCUUACCAGUCUCACGUGUUUGCUGAGUGAAAAAAUCAAAGAGUUCCUCGUGGAGAAGAGAGUACAAACCUUUUACCAGCAGGAGCUGGAAAUGGUGCCAUCUUUGCUGACUCUUGCCAAUCAGCCCGUGAUUCACAGCACCUGCUCCAACCAAGUGGAGUUUAAGAAUGACACCCCUUCCAAGGCAAUUCAUAGUGUAUUUAAGAAUGCUAUUCAGCUGCUACAGGAACAAGGACUCGUUUUCCAGAAAAGUGGUGAUUUUAAUAACCUGUACCAUGUAACUAGAGAAGACAAAGACCUGCACAAAAAAAUCCACCGGAUCAUUCAGGAAGACUGCCAGAAACCCAGUCACAUGGAGAAGGGCUGCCACUUCCAGCAUAUCUUGGCCUGUGUGCACCUGAGCCUCCACCCGGGCCUGAGUGAKGCCGUGCUGCGGCAAGUGCURGAGCUGCUGGAGGACCAGAGUGACAUCAUCAGCACAAUGGACCGCUACUACAAGGCGUUCUGAGCAGAGGCCCUUGGAGUGACUGAGGAGCAGAAGGACAAGGUGGCAUUCGCCCCAGGUUCUAAUUGUAAACAUCUUGCAGGGCUUAUGUCUGGAAGAAGUUACCUCAUAAUAAACCUAACCCUACUUUAGUAUGGUCACUUGGGAAAUGAGAUGUAGCUGCCUCCUAUGUGCUGUGACUUUGGGGUACAGUGACUGAUCUCAGCCCCUCACACAAGAAAUUCCUCCCUGUUGACUUCCUGUCUGGAUGGGGCAUGGCUCAAGGAGCAGAAUGGGGAGGAAACAGUAUUGUCACCUUAAUUGGUGUGUUUGUGGCUUGAGGCCCUGUCCUGGUGAAGGGACAUCACAGGGUCAAAGGCACUGCACUGCACUGUAGGAACUCGGGAACCUAUGGCCAGAUCACCAGUUCUAAGCUUGGCAAGCCUUCAGGCUGUCACCUAUGUCCCUGUGGCCACUCCCAGUGGGUAGGAUCAGGCRAGGGAGGGGUUCUUCCUGGAUGACAGCCCCUCACCUCUGCUUUCUGAGGCUCCAGCACCAGUGGCGGGGCCUGAGGUUUGCUGCUGUUUACCGACUCCCCCAGAGAUGGAAGUAGGCAGGGGUUCRAGGUGUGGCUCUGUAUUCAGCACUUAUUUCCCUUCCAAAUUAAAAGGUGUCACAGAACAAUUCCCUGCACUCCCAGUGUUGCAGAACUAAACACAUGGUCCCUCGGUGCCUCUGCAAGGGAYAGAGGUGUCAGUAGCCUGGCAGGGGUAGAUGUGAUCUUCAAGGUUGCUGUUGAGUGUGCCAGAGGUGCUGACGCCGUCAAGAUAGAGACUCCUGGUGUGUGCCCAGACAGGUGAUGGAGUCAUGCUUUUGCUCAGAAUGACAAGGUAAAGAAAAACCAUCUGAGGCAUGUAGUAAGCUUGUUCUAACAGAAAACAACAAAUCCAGCCAGCAAAAAUAAAGCAUGGAGAAACAGAUUUGGAGUUAAUUACAGUCAUUUUGCAGAAGGCACAUCUGCCUUCAUCUGCUGUGUUGGCUCUUGACGUAAUAGAGUCUCAGUGGCUUAGCUGGAGAUACUGCAGGCCUGGAGAGCUGUUCUGCCCUCUGUGGACACGGAGUGGUUUCUACCCUCACAAGUCCGCCUCAGCUGCAUUUGUCAGGCAGAGAGCUAGUACCUGCAGCUUGACCCACACUUCUGCCGACUUCUAACAUUGUUGUACAGACAACUGUCCUGUUUCAACUAUGCUCAGAAAGGUCUCUGAAUAGGCCCUUCCUAGAAUGAACUCCCAGUAGUUCUUCAAUCCGUGGUAUUUCCAUAUUGAAUAUAUCUUCGAUUAGUGGAGCCUCCCAGGAGAGUCUGGAAUCAGAACAGAAAAAGGGCAUAUCCUGGCACAGAGCAGCCGAGGGGUUCAUCUCCAGGAGAUAACUACACAGUGUGAGAGGAUGAAUCCACAGGCGYAUGUCACAGGGUAAUCUAGAGUUCUAUGAUUAGGGGAAAGCUUUAUAGAAUAAAAGUUAAUUACAAUCCAUAUAUACAAUGAAAUACUAUGCAGCUGCUAAAAUGUUGGAACAGAUGGAUACAAUUGCUACAGGGUACUACUGACAGAUUAGUGAGGAGGAAAUCSAGUUAAAGAUGUGUUUGUAUAGUAUAGUACCCUGGAUCUAAAGCUCCCUGUGUGCGUGUCCUACAUCAAUGGUGUGUUUCUGCAUAUGUGUCAUUUGUACCUAUAGCACAUGUACACAAAGACGUAGAGUUGAUCACUCCCUCCUCCUAGAAGUACCUGCUGCACUUGGCUUUCAGGACACCACACUCCCUGGCUGCACCUUCUCAGUGGUCAGCCUCUAUCUCCCUGAAGACUCAGGGCCAGUCCCAGACCUCAUCUCARUUUGGCUUAUAGCACUGGGGCUCUCAGCCAGCUUCAUGGGUCACACUGUCUCAGUGCUAUGCAUCUCCUCAUGCUCAGACCUCUGUAUCCAGCCUCCUGCUGACAGAGUGGAGAUGACACCACAAGCUUAAUCCGCACACAUCCAGGCUCCCAGCUGCCCUGACUUCCCCUCUGACCCUGGUGCAGUUUUCCUGGUUUCUCAGGCUGUCUGUUGGCUUCUUUCUUUCUUACACCCCAUAUUCAAUCUGCUGCAGAUCAUCUUAGCUCCACCUUCAAAAUGUUUCUGGACUCUAACGGCUUCUCUUCCACCUCUGCCUCCUGGGAGUGUUGCAGUUGCCCCUCACUGUCCUCCCUGCUUCUGCCCUUGUCCCUUUUUAUGGCAUCCUCAGUGUAGCAUCCUUGGUCCUGGGACACUCCCACUCCCAUGACUUUUGGUCUCCCUCCAGGUAGGAGCCUGAGGCGUGCCAGUGACGGAAGCCUCUUUCCCCUGGCCUCUCCUGCUGAGCCCCUGCCACUCUGCUCAGCUGUUAGGCGUGGCUGCUUUCACACCCCAGGUGCGCUCUUGCCUUAGGGCCUUGGCAUUUGACAUUCUGUCUGCCUAGAAUGUUCUUUGCCCAGAUAAUCUCCCCUCUUUCAGGUCUUUGCUGGAGUGUCACCUUCACAGUGGGGCCUGCCCGCAGCUUUCUUUGCUGAUUGUAGCCAACUUGUUCUCCCUCCUCCUCAGCUUGUGGAUGCCUCACACACUCCAGAUGUUUCUUACCUGCCCAGUUUAUGGUCUGCCCCUCUGGUAGAAGGAAUGUUGCAUGAGGGCAAGGUUCCCUUUUCGUUUCCGUCUGUCCCUAGCACUGAAAGCAGUGCCYGGCACAUCUUUGAGAACUUCCAGCUGCCAGGGUCUGCCUUCCUAGUAGCUUUCUCCAGAGCUUAGAAGGCUGUUUCKACUGAAGAGUGCAGAACCAACAUCCCCUGGGAGCAGCCUCCUGUGUAGAUGUCCCAGCUCCCUUGCCUUCAGGUGAGAGGUUGUCACARCACAUGUUCUACACUAUCUUCCAGAGCUCUGCAGGAUGAAGCAACAUGCACCCACAGUAGCUGCCAAUUUGAUACCCACUAGUCUGAUCCUGCCUGUCUCUCUUCCUUCUCCCAAUUCCUGUUCAGUAGACCUCUCAGAUGAAUUUCUUGCUCUAUAGAAACCUUUGCCUCAGGAUCAGCUUUUGUAUGAGCACACCAUGCUCACUGAUACAUUUGGGAAAUGCAUGAAUAAUUAUAUACACCCAAAGAAAGAUUACUAGAAAUGUUUAUUGAAGUAUUACACCUAUGACUUUUGAAAAGUAAGAUGUCAGGUCUAUAGCCAGGUGUAGUGGCUCAUGGAAGACCCCAUCUCAAACAAUAGUAAAAGUAAAAUAGUAUUGACCAAAUUAUA